UGCUGGUUGAACUCAACAUGCCAAAGCAAUUCACGAUCGUGUAUAUUCCUGCGGACGAGGGCACUGAGCUGCAAGAGUGGCAUCUGGACCUGCCGCAAGACGUGGAUGGUCAAAUCGCAUGUCUGACGGAGCGGUUGCGAGCCCAUUUCAAGGGCAAAACUGGCGCCGCGAGCACGGACGAACAGAAGGACGCGUUCCGCCAACAGAUCAUCAAGCAGCUCCCAAAAGAUGCUCCCGUGAACGACCAAAUGAUGGCCAUGAUGCUGCAGAUGGAAAGCUUGGUCGAUUCAAUUCCGUUGAUUUUGAACACACCAGCCGUGAAGUAUGUUGGCGUCAACUUGUACGUUGAUGACAAGGGCACUGCCAAGAACUUGCCCGUGAACCUGCGGGCUUCGGCGAUCGCCCAAGCAUGUGGCAAGAUGCUGGAAGUGCGAGGCGAUGCCUUUAUCGCCCGCCUUUUCGACAACGGUGCGUCCGGCGUAUCCACUGAAUGUUGUAGAUCCCAUAUCGUCCUAAAGUCGUGCAUUUUGGUACACAGACGAUGCGUUUGUGCGCCUGGACUUCACCCUGUCGGAAAUCAACGCCGAUGCGGAAUGGAUCAAGAUCGCGCAACGUCAGUCGUCCGGCAACUCCCAAAGCGCGUCGUCCGCGGCAGCAUCGGGGCGACAAUGCGCGUCCCCGUCGUGCUCAUCCAAAGGUGUCCACCGAUGUUCGCGAUGCCAGGCCGAGUACUACUGCAGUCAAGUGUGUCAAAAGUCGCACUGGCGGGUGCAUAAGCUCACAUGCGUGAAGAAGUAGGAUUAAAGAAACAUGACUAUACGAUCAAAC